CAGCGUAAAGACUCCUGCAGAUCUACUGUCAAAUAUAUCGGCUUGAUGUGUAGCUUCUCCCAGGCUAAACCGUAACCAGCUCGCUCGUGACGCCUUGGUCGCUGUGUACUUUGGACUUGAUCCAAACAAAACAAUCAAAAACCCAAAAAAACCCGCGACUCCACCCUUAAACGGCGGGCCCCACGUGACGAUCCCAGGCGUUCCAAUCUUGAGGCAUCAAAGCUCUUCUCGAGUCUCUUUGUCUCCCAAACAAUAUCUUGUUCUCCUCGAAUUUCGCUUCGCACCAGAACCCAGCACUCUUCCAGCUGUGAUUUACUUCCGUCGCGCACCUUCGGCAUAUCUUUCGACCUCACGACUCGAGUGCACGACUCGAGUCCUGGCGUUUAAUCACAGCCAGGGCUUCGCCGGUAGGAGCCUCGGAGACGCCGAUACCGAUCAUGUCGACGAAAGGCCUCGCUUCCUGAUAUUAUAUACCAAUGUGAUGCGGAGAACUUGGCGACGGAACCCCGAGACUCCUAUUCUUUAACGGUGGGCUAUUGCUCACUGAUCAAGAUAACGCGCUCGGUGGACACAGUCCGCUAUGGACGGUCAACGACAAUAUAUCCCGGGGCCACCACCCACCCAGCAUCCCAUUAACCUACCUCCGCCUCCUCCACGACACCCCCACCAACAUCAGCCAGUUCAGCUUCAAACCGGGGUACCACCACCACCCCCUGGGCCCCCUCCAGGGACGGGGUACGGAGCACCCACCGGAUGGCAACAAAGCUGGGGGAGACAGGCGUUGCCUGCUGGCUUUCCACCUCCACCCCCUCCACCACUACCACAAAAUCAACAUAUCGCAGCAUACCGUCCUCCUGCUCCGCUCUCGAUCGUGCCCUCGCACGAUAGCCAGCCUCUCACUUCAGCAACUUAUAUACCCGGAAAUGACACCAUUGGUGUUGGCAUCCCGCCCUUGUUCGAGAACAAUGGGCAAACAUACGAUCCCUACUCUCAACAACGGCAGACAAGUAGCCAGACAUAUCACCCUGGCACUGAUGGGAUCUUUAACCCGCAGACUCCAGGGACGCGGGUUACUCCUCCGUUCGCACUGCACAACAAUGUCCAUGAAUUGGUGACCAAUGACAACUCGUCGCAAAACCCAACUCCUCAAAACAUGGAUCUCACAAAAUCGCCGAGUCAUCGGCAUCAGAUCAGCGGUGCAUCAUUGGGUGGAAUGUCCCAUAGCGAGGCUGCCAUUCAAUGGCCCCUCGACCGAGUUCUCCUGUGGCUUGCGAGAAACGGAUUUUCCAAGGAUUGGCAAGAAACUUUCAAGUCCCUGGAGCUACAGGGGGCUGACUUCCUUGAGCUUGGCUUAGCAUCUGGUGGACGUGGAAAUCUUGGGAAGAUACACAAGGUUGUGUAUCCUCAAUUGGCCAAGGAAUGUGCUCGGAGCGGCACCGGAUGGGAUUCGACUAGAGAGCGAGAGGAGGGCCUGCGCAUGCGCAAGCUGAUCCGCCAAAUCCAUGAUAAUGAGUCAGAUUCAUCAAUCUCAACCCCGAUGCGCGCUGAGCCACCAUCCUGGGCUAGUACAGCGGCUGAAAGUGGAUCUGGUUUCCAUUCAGGUCAAUUGACUGAACCUCGUUCGGCUGGCCCGACGCCCGGUGUCAAUGAUAUUACUCCAGAACAACUAUCAAGCGUUCAAGGCGCGACUGCUUCCCAAAAGCCCCCGCAAAUGCGCUCUGUCACCUUGCCAAUUCCCUCGGGUCAUGAUUCGCCAAUGUACGAAUCUCCUUCGCGUGAAUCUCCCUCUUUAUUGCGCUCUGAUUAUUCCAGAAGUGCUCUUGCGACAGCCAAUGAUCAUAGACGGCAAAGCCCCUCUAUUUCCAGCGAGAACGGUGCUAUACCGCCAUCAUUGCGGGCUCAGGAUAGCCCGAAGAGUGGCAGCCCGGCUACUCAAUAUGUGACACCUUCAUACGGAGGCUUAACAUCUUCGUCGACCGGAGAUUUGACGUUGAAGUAUGAGCAUUCUCGGGUGAACAGCACAGAGUCCAUCCCGGGUGCCGGAAGGGGCUCUGCUACGAUGGGCCGGUACUACGACAGCCGUAGACAAGGCCAAGACAUCCCUCGUCCAUCGCCCCAGGACGCAAGUAAGCCGUUUGGUGGAGAAACGUCGUCAUCCUACUCCAGGGACCAUGGCAAAAGCAUCUUGAAUCUCUUUACAAGGAAAAAGGGCCACAAGACCGACCUCUCAAGUCAUCCGUCCCCGGAGGAUUUGGAGUCUCCUCCGAGUCCCGAGGCUCGUUCGAACGGCUACCUCCCGUAUCAGGCUGCCUUCAAUUCAAGUGAUAUGUCUUUGGGCGAGCGGCCAUCCUCGGCCACCGCGGUCAAAACAAAGAAAUGGAUUUUCGCGACCAUGGAUGGUGUCAACUAUCGCCUGAUUGAUAUUACUGAGUGGGACUCUGCGGAGGCCCUACGCGCUGGAAUAUGCCAGAACUUGGGGAUCUCCGAUUGGAUUAGUGCCCAAAUUUUCCUCACACAGCCCGGACAGACUGAGCACGAGGAUCCCAUGAGCGACUCGAUCUUAGCAGUUAGCCGCAGAACCAAAUCCGACCCGUAUGGCUCUUUGAAGGUGUUUGUGAAGGGUGCCCCUACUCACGUCCCGGUGAACCAUCUUCCCCGGUUCGAUGGCCUUGGGGUUUCCAUUCCCACUGACAAAGCGGCUCAAUCUCCCACGGCGGCUCAUGCCCCCAUUCAUCGGAAACCGCUAGAGGAAGGAGCUUUCAAUAGAUUGUCGCCGCAAGCUCAGACUAAGCCCAACUCCGACGUUCUAGGGUCCCGCCAAAAUACACUGAAGGCCUCAACGGGAAAGACGUUACCAGAUGGUUCCCCAGACCCAAGCCAGACACUGGAUGCCGAAAAGUCAGAUCUGCUUGCACGCCAUGAGGCACACAUGCGCGAAGUUGAGCGUAAGCAAAAAGAACACCGUAUUUCUCGAGUUCCGCCGCCCAUAACGCAACAACCGCGGAAGGAUACCUACGGUGAGACUGGGUACAGGCGGGAAGGUGUGAUUGAUUUCGAUUCGCCGCGCAUCUCGCCGUACGAAGAGAAGAAGUCUGAAAAGGCUGAAAUCCUAGUGCCUCUCCGAAAACCACCAGUCGCGCCGAUUGAAUCCAACACCCUUACCAAGGUCAAUUCGUUGAGGAAGGCUCCAGGUGAGCGAGCAGAUCGUCACCGACCCCAGCCGCAAUCUGCAGGGCAAACUCAUGGCCUUGGAGCUGUGUUGGCAAGCGUUGGUCGAAUGACCAGUGCCAUAGGUACACCAUCUCCUUCGGUCCCGGUCCCCUCGACACCUUCAUCCAACAAUCGAGACAGCGUCGGUUCUGACUCGGACCGGCCAAAUACGCUGGAUUCUGCCGCAACUGCUUCAAGCCGAACGACCCUAGAUUCCGGGAAGACUGCUCCCAGCUUUGCCUCGGGGCAAGUUCAAAGGUCCCCGUCCUCGUUCGCUUCUCGCUCUGCCGCAAACACAUCAUCUCCCCAAAGUACAAUCUCACAGAAGCCGACCUUGCAGUCUCGCAAGUCAUUCGGUCCCGAGUUUGACUUUGAAGAGUCCCAAGUGUCCUUCUUACGAAGCCCGGGACAGUCAACGGGACAACCUGAUGAUGAUGAUGAUGACGAUGAUGAUUCUUCUGAUGAUGGACUCUUCGCAAUUCGACCUUCAAGAAGCGAGCCCCAGAAGCCUGAGCCAGAGCCCGAAAAGAGACGGAAGCCGUCUCUCAGCCUAGAUACGGACAAUGCCAAGCCGCGUCGGGUUGUCAGCUUCAUAUCCCCCAAUGCUACUUCAGGGAAGAGCUUCGCCACGCCGGCAGGAGAUACUUCUGGUGGUGACACUUCCGAGUCGCCAGAGAAGUUUUCGGGCACCUUCUAUGGAGCGGACUCCUCGGAUGACGAACAGCCCCCGCGGAGAGACUCGUUUGCGAACGGAGACGUCUGGGCUAGCAGACCUGCUGUGGAGGGCGUUAUCGAUAACCUCGAUAGCUUCUUCCCGGAUGUCGACCUCGAUGCGCCUUAUCUAGAGGAGCCUCCGUCCCCUGGUAACGGUAAAAGUGAUAUUGAUGGCGGGGCAACCAUCAGAGGUAACAAGCAGGAGGCUUCGCCUGCACCGCAGCCCGUUGUCGAUUUAAGCACUUUUACUCCGGAUAUAUCGACGAUGCGUCCCCCGCCGCCCCCACAAGGUGCAUCGAUCGUUGCCAGACGGAAUGUGGAUCGCAGUGGUGGGUUGUCACGCAAGAAAUCCAUUCGUGAAGUAGCAAGAGGUGCUGCGCACAGAACUAAGAGCAUUGGGUCCGCCGGGCCUCAACAAUCGAGCAACCUGCUUCGCCGCAAGAGCACGAAGAUGUUCGGUGCCAAGAUUAUGCAAAUAAGCCCCAAACCUGGCACUAGGCUGAGCCAACUUGAUCCUAUCCCUCAAAACACCCCCGCUCCAGGACCGAGUGGGUCUGUCCCACAACGCCAGCCCACGUUCCGCAUCAUUCGUGGUCAGCUUAUUGGAAAGGGAACUUACGGCCGUGUGUAUCUGGGCAUGAACGCAGACAAUGGAGAAGUCCUGGCGGUGAAGCAAGUUGAAAUCAACGCUAGGAUCGCGGGAACAGACCGAGAUCGUAUCAAGGAGAUGGUGGCUGCUUUGGAUCAGGAAAUUGACACGAUGCAACAUCUCGAGCAUCCCAAUAUCGUACAGUACCUGGGCUGUGAACGAGGUGAAAUGUCAAUCUCCAUCUACCUUGAGUAUAUUUCUGGUGGUUCCGUUGGAAGUUGUCUCCGAAAACAUGGCAAGUUUGAAGAGAGUGUGGUGAGAUCUUUGACACGGCAAACUCUUGACGGUCUGGCCUAUCUGCAUGACAUGGGUAUUCUUCACCGUGAUCUGAAAGCGGAUAACAUCUUGCUUGACCUUGAUGGUACUUGCAAGAUCUCUGACUUUGGUAUCUCGAAGAAGACCGACGACAUCUACGGCAAUGAUUCGACCAAUUCCAUGCAGGGCUCAGUCUUCUGGAUGGCACCGGAGGUCAUUCAGUCACAGGGCCAGGGAUACAGUGCCAAGGUCGACAUUUGGUCCCUUGGUUGCGUGGUGUUGGAGAUGUUCGCUGGUCGUCGACCGUGGAGCAAGGAGGAAGCCAUUGGAGCUAUCUUCAAGCUGGGCAGUCUCAAUCAGGCUCCACCUAUUCCCGACGACGUGUCCAUGAACAUCAGUCCUGCAGCGCUUGCUUUUAUGUACGACUGCUUCACUGUGGAUUCUUCCGAACGUCCCACUGCUGGCACUCUGCUUACCCGCCACCCGUUCUGCGAGCCAGAUCCCAAGUACAAUUUCCUGGACACGGAACUUUAUGCCAAGAUCCGUCACGUUUUGUGAGAGGGUUCUUGUCUCACUACAAGCUAGUGAGAAUAAUGCUGUGCAUUAUUUCUGCGGCCUGUGGAGCUUAUCAGCAUGCGUUCUUUCUUGUUCAGACAUAUUGGAUAUACGUCUAUACAUACAUACCCUUUUCUGACUUUCUGUUAUCGUUCAAGCGAGAAUUUGUCAGGCUAAAAUGCUUCUUCUACUCGGUGUUUGUGAGCCGGUUUAUUCUUGUUCAUAUCAUCAUUAUUCCCGCAAAUACCUAAUGACUAUGAAUUGCGUCCUUCAUGGAAUGAAAUCACAAAGCAUGUGUCCCUUUCAGCUUCUCUGCC